UAUACCGUGGCUGCCGGCGGUUGGGUACCGAGUUCGCUCGUCUUUGUCUGUCGCUAUGUCUGGCCGUGGCAAGGGAGGGAAAGGGCUUGGGAAAGGGGGUGCCAAGCGGCACAGGAAAGUGCUGCGGAUAAUCCAGGGCAUCACCAAGCCUGCCAUCCGCCGCUUGGCUCGACGGGGUGGCGUUAAGCGCAUUUCGGGUCUUAUCUACGAGGAGACCCGCGGAGUGCUCAAGGUCUUCUUAGAGAACGUGAUCCGUGACGCCGUUACCUACACGGAGCACGCCAAGAGGAAGACCGUCACCGCCAUGGACGUGGUCUACGCCCUCAAACGCCAGGGCCGCACGCUUUACGGCUUCGGCGGCUAAGCCGCUGGUCACAUGCUCCUGGACGUUGUGCCUCUAGCGCACCUACCCAAAAAAAAGGCCCUUUUUAGGGCCGCCCAUCUUGUCAUUAAAGAGUUGUGCUACGUUUGGGGCCCUAGAUAAGCUUUCCGGGGUAGCGUCGGCAGCGACUCUAGUCUGGGUCCAGGCGAGGAUGGGUUAACGUGCUGGGAGCUGGUGCCAUGUACUCGCGAUGUGUUAUAACUGCACCGGCAAGGACAAUAGCCAGAGGGGGAAAGCUGUUGAUCCCUGGGAAGCUGUUAGGGGCGGGGUCGACGCAGAACCUCUCUGAAGCAACCACCGUCUCCCCGCACGUUGGAAGGGUACUCUCUGGCUAAUGGGGUCACGAUUGCCGAUCGGGCAACAGAGCCCCGGGACGACGCGAUGCUGACACCCCACUUUGAGGUGGGAUUCCUAUUUAGUGGGAAAAGCGCCCUUGGGUCUGCCGGGAACCCGGAGCUGCUGCUCUCCACUCAAUUAAGGUUGGAGCAGCGUUGCCUAGGGAACCACUCUGCAAGGAGCAUUGCAUGACUUGAAACCUGUGGAAUUUGUGAAACACCUCAGCAACUCUGCCCUAGAAACGAGAUGGAAAGGCCCACCCCAGGUAUCCUUAACAACUGACAGGGCAAUGAAAAUCUUCAAAAGUGUUGACUCAGGAUGCAAGUCUUUUGGUGUAAGUGGGCCCGACUGAACACUUGGUGGGCAGUGGUCUAGAACAGACACCUUAGAAUCAGCAUUACCAAGGAAAACCAUUUCUCAGAAGCAGAGGACUUGCUGAAGUCAGACAGCUGAAACCAAGACCUGCUGUCUUGAUGGAUGUUAACAUGCAUGAUUGUUCCCUUUUGUCCUGACUGUACAGGUACAAUUAUUAUGCAUUGUCUCUUAGAGAUUCCUCUGAGGGAGAUUGAUUGUCUCUUACAGUUUCCAGUAAAGGGCCCCCUGAACCGUUAAUGGGUACCUAGGGCCUUCCUCUGGUGACACUGAAGUCUGGGUCUCUUGCUUCCCAAUUGAAUGUGGCUCCUCCUGGCCAAGUAGCUAUCUUUCAAAGCUAAGGGGCUGAUUGGCAUCUGGAUAGGGAGAACAGAGAAACUCCUCUCCCCUGCAGGGAUCGCCUCCUUCUGACCUGAAACUGCUUCUACUUUUAAACCCAAAUUGCUGAAUUUCAGCCACAGCUUAGCUAUUUAAAACUCCCAGAGGUGUGAAUGAUGUCUUCUCUUAGCCAAAUUGCUUGCUGCUUCCUUCACCCAAUCAGAUAUGGGUUUGUGCCCUAGUCCCAAGGAGGUUUAGAGGGAAGUCAGAAUACUCCCUGCUUCCCAUUGCCAUUUCCACACACUUCCCAAGACCUCUCUUCUUUUGACAUUCACUUUAUCCAAAUCUAUCACCAACCCCCCCCUUCAUGAUUUAAAAACGGGUAUGUGUCAGCCAACUAUCUAAGUACAACAGUCCCCCUCCAAAAAACAGACAAACACAGAAAAGGGAUACAAAUUCAUACAUGAUGGGGUAUGGUGAUGCUAAAAAAAGAGCUAGCCUUUUUUCAGUUUGCUUGAUAUAUUAGUAACUUGCAAUUACCUUCCUAGAUUUCUGGGUUGGUGCAUUGGUGUAAGAUCAGCUAUUCUAUGGGAUCAAGGGGAUCAUCAGCCUGGAGAUAUCAGGUACCUCAUACUUCAUCUGACCCCAGCAGAUUAAAUGAUUUGCCCAAGUAGAUACAGGAAAGUGCCUGAAGUAGACUUGAGCAUAAGUUCUUUGACUUCAGAGACUUCCUCUUCCCCUAGGUCAGUGGAGUGGAAGGGAAAACACAGGACAUUCUCCUUCAAUGUUGCUGCAUUCUGGUUGACUGACAGGGCUAUCCACAGUUAUCAAGUAAAUCUGUGCAACAACAAACCAUGCUGCCUGUCUUGAUGUCAAUCAACAACUCACCCAAGAAGUAAUGUUGGUUGAAAAAGAGAGGGAAUGGCCUCCUCCCUCUAAAUUAGAUUUUUCCAAAAUGUGGUCCCUCCCUCUCCAGUGAAGCAAUCGCCAAAAUUAUUAUAUAUAUAUUUUUUUUAAUACAAUGCCCAUCUAAAUUCAGUUCAGACAUUUUAUUCAAUGAAACUAAAGUUGAAGUUCGAGUCAACUAAGAGUCUGAGACUCAAAAUGAAUUCUUGCUCGUUGUCAAGGGCAGUAGCUAUUUAUUAUUGUACAGACGAGUUCAAGUUUCAGUUGAGAACAGUCAAAUCUGGGUGUGUGUAGGAUCUGCAAGUAUCAUUGGCAUUAUGUAUAGGUGUGUGACACAGCCAAGUUAUAUUAUCACAUUCUUUAAAGCAUCUGAACAUGAAGUAUGUCAAGUUGAAGUUAAACAAUCUUUGUGUAGUGGCUAAAUGUGUCAUAAUGUCUGUCGUGUUUCUCAAAAUCACUCAUUCAUUUUGACAAAUGCAGUACAACAUAAUGACUUGGUUUUUUGUUUCCUUGUUUGUGAGCUUUUUGUAAGGCUGUCAGGGUUAAGUGACUUGUCUG